AUGUCUUCUAGUGAUUUGGAAGCCAAGCAUGGCUACACAACCAAUGAAGCCCAGUUAAUGAAGGAAGUUACCAAUGUGUCCGAAUUUAAGGAACAUCACGUUCAUGGUACUGUUGAUCCUAACAGGGUCGAAGCUGAAGUUACCUUCAAAGCUUACAUGAUGUGUGCCUUUGCAUCCUUUGGUGGUAUCUUUUAUGGUUACGAUUCUGGUUACAUUUCCGGUGUCAUGGGUAUGGAGUACUUUAUUGAUACCUUCGAUAAGAGUCAAAGAGGUAAGCCAAAGUCUGAAAAGGACUUGCCAUCUUCGCAGAAGUCUUUGAUCACUUCUAUUUUGUCUGCCGGUACUUUCUUUGGUGCUCUCAUGGCUGGUGACUUGGCUGAUUGGUAUGGUAGAAGAUUGACUAUUAUUGCCGGCUGUGUCAUUUUUUGUAUUGGUGAUGCUUUACAAAUUGCUUCUUCAGGUGUUCCAUUAUUGGUUGUUGGUAGAUUGAUUUCUGGAUUUGGUGUCGGUUUUGUUUCUGCUACUAUUGUGUUGUACAUGUCUGAAAUUGCUCCAAGAAAGGUUAGAGGAGCUUUGGUCUCUGGUUAUCAAUUCUGUAUUACUAUUGGGUUAUUGAUUGCAGCCUGUGUUAACUAUGGAACUCAAAAUUUGAAGACCUCUGCAUCUUACAGAAUUCCAAUUGGUUUGCAAUUGAUUUGGGCUUUUAUAUUGGCUGCUGGUUUGUUCUUUUUACCCGAAUCUCCUAGAUAUUUCGUUAAGAAGGCAAAUAUCGAAAAGGCAAGGGAAGUUUUAGUCAGAUUAAGAGAUCAACCAGUUGGUUCUGAACAAGUUGAAGAUGAAUUGGCUGAAAUUGUGGCCAACAAUGAAAUAGAAUCCAAAUUGAUUCCUCAAGGUAGUUACCUUAAGACUUGGACUGCUUGUUUCUCAGGUUCUAUUAAACACGGUUCUUCUAACUUGAGAAGAACUUUAUUGGGUAUUGGUUUACAAAUGAUGCAACAAAUGACUGGUGUUAACUUUAUUUUCUACUUCGGUACUACUUUCUUCCAACAGUUGGGUACUAUCAAAAACCCAUUCUUGAUUUCUUUGAUUACUACUUUGGUUAACGUGUGUUCCACACCUGUUUCUUUCUGGACUGUUGAAAGAUUCGGUCGUAGACCAAUUUUAAUCUGGGGUGCUGUUGGUAUGGCUAUUUGUGAAUUCGUUGCUGCUAUCAUUGGUACCGUUAAGGCAGACGAUGACAAUGCAAUGAAGGCAGUUAUUUCUUUCAUCUGUAUCUAUAUCUUCUUCUUUGCUUCCACUUGGGGUCCUUGUGCUUGGGUUACUGUUGGUGAAGUCUUCCCAUUACCAAUCAGAGCCAGAGGUGUUGCCUUAUCUACUGCUUCCAACUGGUUCUGGAACUGUAUCAUUACCGUCAUCACUCCUUACAUGGUUGGUACCGAUCAAGGUAAUUUGGGUGCAAAGGUCUUCUUCGUUUGGGGUAGUACUUGUACUGGGUGCAUUAUUUUCGCUUACUUUUUGGUUCCAGAAACCAAGGGUUUGACUUUAGAACAAGUUGAUCGUUUGUUGGAAGAAACUCAUCCAAGAAAUUCUUCUAAAUGGAGACCUAACACCACUUACGCUCAAGAAGUUGGUUUGGUUGAUGAUUUAAAGACCGGUGUUGAUCACAGGGCUUAG